AUGUGUGCUUAUUCUCAGAGGAAGAAAAUACCUCAAAAGACAGUUACUACAGAUGAUGAUGAUGCACCUACACAACCAGGAAGUUCUAGAAAAAAGAAAAGAGAAGAAAAUCCAACUCAGAAAAAGAAAAAUCUAGUUCGUGGCUUAGCUGUUGCCAAAAAAUCUCACCCAAAAAAACAACCGGAUCGGAAGAUUCUUAAAAAGGCAUCAAGGGUUCAGUCGAAACAAGAGACUAGUAGUGAGUCGGAGUGGAACCCGUUCGACGAUACGGAGGAUAAGAUGAGUGACUGUGAUAAAUUAGCACCGACACAAGAUGCAAGUUCAAAAAAGAAAGGAAAAGAUAAUCAUUCACAAUCAACUCAGAAAAAGAAAAAAAUACUUCAAGAGACAGACACUACAAAUGAUGAUGAUGCACCCACCAAACCGGCAAGUAAAAAGAGAAGGGAAGAAAAUCCAACUCAAAAAAAGAGAAAAAGACCUCAAGAGACAGACACUACAGAUGAUGAUGAUGCACCUACCCAACCAGCAACUUUUUACCAUUUGUUAGAUUGGUUUGAGAAUAAAUUGUCAGCACCUGAUAGUCUUAUUGCUUGA